UGCUUUGUGAAUAUAUUGAUUAUUUUCAUUUAAACCGGGUUCAACAGUGACUAAUGAUAUUUCGUUUCGUUGUGACAUGUUUGUUUGAGAGUUUAAAAGUCGUUGCGUUUCCUUUUACUUAAAUUUGAAUAUGGGAAAUUUAUUCAUGUGUUGUGUGUUGUAAUCAUAUGUGCCAAAAUAUUUACUUAAGUCAAAACGCACGUUUUUCUCUCGUACGAGUGCUCAAAAAUAAAACAAGGAUUCUUUUAUUAUUUAAAAGCGGUGGAAACGAGAACAAUCUUAAUUGCUUUAAACAUCGGAAUUACUGAACGUUAAAUUCAAAUCGUUGGAACGUGAGAACAACAGGGAAUGCUAAAUAACUACGGCGACAAUAUUCACUUAAAGUCAUAUGAUUGUAUCAGUGUACACUUAAUUACACACGCUGUGUUUUACGAUGACUCAAAAAUAUAUGAAUGAUAACGCAUCGACCAAACUAUCGUUUGCUUGAAGUGACUUUUUGGCAUUCAAUAAAAUAGCCGAGCGUUGGUCGUGUGGGUUCAGUAUAAACAUCGUAAGUAUUGAAUACGGCUUAUACGGUUUGUCGUAGCGUGCUACCAACUUCUCUCUGUAAGAUUCGCUUCAUAAAGAACGCGUCAUUUGAAAAGCUUCGUUCUGGCAUCAUCUUCGCUGCCAUUUUUUAACGGUUGAAGCGUUAUUAAUACACUAACGGUUUUGAUGAGAAAGUCAUGGAGAAAGAGGAUUAUCGGGACAUUCUUGAAUCCAAACGCUUAGAAAUAAUACAACAUUUACAAAUUGAUCGAAACUUUGUUUUUGACUAUCUUCGUCAUAAAGAAGUCCUUGACGGAGAAGAUUGUGAAUUGAUUCUCAGUGAAAAGACGACCUCUUCAAAAAUCGGUAAAUUUAUCGAUGUUUUAUCGAGGAAAGGGCCAAUGGCUUAUCAGCACUUACUGGAGUCUCUACAACUGGAGCAUCCUGUUUUGUACGAGAAAUUGACUGGGAAUCAGGCAGAUGCGACAACCAGUCCAAUCUUAACGAAACUCAAGAAAUCUUUCAUUGGUGAUGGAGGUAAAUUUUUGCGUGUGAGCUGAAAGCUUUUCUUUCAGACUUUCCUUGAUUCAUGAAUGCAAAAUUUGCAUGUGAUUGUUGCGCUAGCUGGCUGGUCGUACGUCAAAGUCAAAACGUGUAAGGCCUUUUAUUCAAAAAUUAUCAUUUGUAUGCGAUAUUUUGUAAGCUAAAAGAAAAGGUUCUGUUCGUAAUGAUGUACGUUAUGUAUGAAAAUUACAAUUUUUAGACAAAGAAAA